GGAGAAGGAGCUUCCAUCGGGACCAUCUCCCCCGAAGAGUCGGACCACUCCCGCGGGGCCGCGGAAGAGGGCCGACCAGGAGGAGGCACUCGAGAUGGCGUCGCGGCUGCUGAAGACGGAGAACCAGCUCUCGGAGCAGAAGGAGAUGAUGCUGAACAUCAUGCGCGUGGUGGAGGACCAGAACGUCACGCUGCGCCGCGUGGAGGCAGCGACGUCAUCGGGCUCGUCGGCUCCACCAACGCCUCAGACCCCGGCAGCGGCCUCCUCCGCCAGGGAGAAGGGAUUCCAGAAGAUUCCCGAGGAGGACGAGGGGAAGUUCUGAAAAGUUUUCUGAGCGCCCCGGAGCGCGAGA